AUAAACCGGAAGGGUACCCUCAUUGUUGCCGCCAACGCACCGUAAUUUAUGUUGCCUUCCCCUUCACAAGGAGUUCUCUGAAUUACUCUGUCGGUCUUCGACUGCGAUCACGGCGGCCUCCAUCCACCUCAAUAGCUCUCAGUUUACCUUCAACAGUUCGAUUUGUAUUGAUUCUCUCUGCUGUCUUCGAUAAUUUCCCUUUCAAAUUGUCUGUAUUCGCUCGCUCGGAUUCCCCUUUAACCUCCAAUGUACGGGCACCGCCCCGGCUAUACUCCCGCCGGUUCUGCCUCGUCUGCGCCGCUGCAACCUUUGAAUCCUGAUUUGGCUUUCCAAAAUCCCGUUGUUUACGUCCAAAAUCUCGCCAACUCUCUUCAGUUCCAGCCACCGCUAACUCCCAAUUUUGCUACUCAAAACCCUAGUGUUUACUUUCAAAACCUCGCCAACUCUUCUCAGUUCUUACAAAAUCAUCCGCAGUUUCCUCUCCAGUACAACCCGAAUAGCUUCCCUAUACAAAACGCUAAUUUUCCUUUCCAAAACCCUACUUUCCCUUAUCAGCAGUUCUCCAAUUCAGGGCCUCAGCUGCAGCCCCAGGGAAAGGGCCAUGGCAUAUCUCAGAAGCCGAUGGAAGCUCAAGGGAGAACUGAUAAUGCAGUCUCAAGUGGGGCUUUGCCUCAGAAGCCCAAGGAAGUACUUGCAGUCCCAAGAGGGGCUUUGCCUCAGAAGCCCAAGGAAGUACUUGAGAGGAUUGACCGAGCGGUGAUGAAGGCUCGCCUUAAUCUUCUUGCUUCCAAAGAGAAUGUGUCCGCCUGGAAUGUUUCACAAGCUGCACUUGUGGCUCUGCAGGUGGAUUCCUGGAAUUCUUUGGGGUUUCAAAUGCAGGAGAUUCCUUCUCUCCACCAACUUAUUGUCACAGAAGGGAAGAUCAAUGCAUUUAUUCAUUGCUUUGUUGGGGUUCGGAGAAUUACUUCAUUGUACGAUUUGGAAGUGGCAAUCUGCAAGAAUGAGGGCACUGAGCAUUUUGAAGAGCUGCAAUUGGGUCCUUUGUUGCGACAUCCCCUUGCCUUACAUUACUUUUCUGUAAAUUCUGAUGCUACUGAAGUGUUUAAAAUAACUACUGAGGAGAUAUUACUUUGCCUUUGCGAGUUCAUGGAUAAAUGUAAGAAGAAAGAUAUUAAGAUUGAUGAACUUUUGGAUUUCAUUGCGAAAAAACGAUCGGUUGUUGGCAAGGAGAAGCUUGGUGUGCGCAUCCAAAGUUUAGGGAUGCAUAUCUCUUUUAUUCGAGAAGCCAGGAAAUCAGAAAAUGCCACACUAAAGAAAUUCCAAGAGGCAGACCCACCAAAAUUCAACAAUAAAUCCAGGAGGCGACCUCUUUUUAACUCUAUUAAGAAGCAGCUAGAUGAACGUUUUGAUGCAAUUUCCCAGCGUGUAGAGUCUUUUUCCUCAUCAGGGAAGAACUUUUGUGGCAAACACAUACAAUUUCUUUCAUCAAGCUCGGAGGAUGAAGAUAGUGAAGAUAGCAGUAAUGGGAAAAAGAAUGAUGAUUAUUCAGGGCGCCGCCUUAAGUUCUCAUCACAGAAUAGCAAAACUUCUCACAGGGUGAGUAGCUGUCCUUAUCCAUCUGCAAUUGAAGAGAUGAAUCGGCUGGGGUUGAAAGGUGAAAUGGGUGCCUGCCCAAAUGCUACUGGCACCUCAAUGAACCAUGACAGUGUUGAAUCAUCUUCGAAGAAACGAAAAUUAGGAAAGGAAAGUUGUUCCAUGUCUGCACCAGCCAAGUUUUUCAAAAGAGAUGUGGUCAAAGACGAUCUUCAUCCUAUUGAAGUUGGCAACGAAGCCGGCGAGGUUACCGAAUUGAAUGAAGCCGAUUGUUUACUCUCAGGUGAAUCUAUAGGGAUGUUCAUCAGAACCUGGAAGGAUGCAUGUAGGGAAUACCCUGUUAUUGAGGUUCUUGAGAGAAUGCUCAAGUUUUACGACUCCACAGAUUCUAAAAGAGCAACCUUAAAAAGGAAGAGAUGGAAAUUGAUGAUGUCAAAUUACCCUUUCAUUGGAUUACUAAAUGUUGCUGUGACAUCUAUCAAGUAUGGGAUGUGGGAUAGCAUAUAUGAUACUUUUGAAGCCAUUAGUCAUCAUGGAUUAAGUAAUAUGCUUUCUGGUAAGAUUUCUGAAUAUGAAAGCAUUGAUGUCGGUCCAAUUGUAAAGGCUGUAACAGCUGUUCCUGAAUAUUCUACUCAUGAUGUUAGUGUGGAAGAAGUUAUGGGGAAGGUCUGUUCCUAUCUUGAGCUUGAUCACAAAUUUCAGAGCAAUGAAAGAUCCUUAAAGGAAAAUAAAUUUAUGUUCCUGAGGAAGCUGUGCAAUUGUGAGACUUGGCUGGCAGAGCAAUUUUGUGUUGAGGUGUUCAGGUCCCUCGGUCAUGGAGAUUUUUUUACGUUCCUUGAAAAACAUGCUUCUCUACUGCCCCCUGAAUUCCAGAAGUCAUUGGCUGGUGAUAUAUCUCAAAACUUAACCUUGGAAGUUUGCAUGCCCCAGAAUCUGUUGACUGUUUUAUUAUCACAAGCUUCAACUAGUUUGUGGCACGAUGAAGCUAUCACCAAGCCAAGCAUUUCUGCAUUACUUUUGAGACAAUUCCCUUCACUCAAUUUCAGAGUUUCAGAGCAUGGUUGCCUGGAAGAUUUUCUAGAAACGAUGGAGAAGUACAAGAGCAAUGUAAUUUCCAGAAGUGUCCUGUUUUCUGCCACAGUGUUUGGAACAUGUCGCAAUCAGAACUCAGCCCAUUAUGAGAAGUACUUAUUAGAAACUGAUGCAGAGACAUGUGACUCUGAACAGAAAUUAAGGAUUUUUGAUACUGUUGCAUCCAAGGAUGCGAUCGCAGUUUUACUCCGGGCGCCCAUGCUGUCUGAUUUGAACUUGUGGUCACAUUGGGACCUAAUAUUUGCUCCCAGUCUUGGUCCUCUUGUAGGAUGGCUGUUAAGUGAGGUUAAUUCAAAAGAGCUCUUAUGUUUGGUCACGGCAGAUGGUAAAGUUAUUCGACUUGAUCAUUCAGCGACUUUUGAUACAUUCUUGGAAGUUGCGCUUCAGGGAUUGCCCUUCCAAACAGCAGUGCAGCUUCUAUCUUUGUUUUCAUUGGCUGGAGGUGAAAAGCAUGUUCCUGUAUCACUGUUAAAAUGCCAUUCAAGCCGUGCAUUUGAAGUCAUUACGAAGAAUUACCUGGAAAAUAUGGAAGCAGAUAGCUGUAAAAUUUUUGGUAUGCAUGUGAAUACAGUAAGUGAACACCAAAUGCCUGAUGAAGUUUCUGAAAAUUUGGGUAGUAAAUUGCAAUGGAAUUUGACCAAAAUGGAUAAAGUGGUGCCUGUUGCUUCAAGGUUCUUCCUUGAUUGUCUUGGUUAUCUUCCAUCUGAGUUUUGGGGUUUUGCCGCUGACGUGUUGCUUUCUGGUCUAAGACCUGUUAUUAAAGAUGCUCCUUCUGCCAUUUUGGGCGGAUGCAAGCAACCAGAGCAGCGUCUUAUGCUGCAUCAUAUAGGAUUUUCUCUGGGCAUAGUGGAAUGGAUAAAUGAUUACCAUGCAUCUUGUUCUUCUAGUGUUACUGAUAUAGCUUCUGAGGCUUUGUGCUCUGCAGUUCCUAUGUCUGAGUUAAAGACAGGAACAACAGAUGCACAAAAUAAAUUCAAUAGGCCUUCCUGUAAUGAAGGGAUCUUACCUGUCUCUGCGAGGGAGGAUGAGGAAGAUGAAGUCCAUAAUGAAUGUACUGACAAAGCUGAUGGCCCACAGGUCUCCAGUGAUGAAAAUUUAUGUGAUGACAUUCCACAGUCAACUGAAAUCAAUAAAAAUGAGGAUGCUGGAUUGGUGAUCGAGACAAUCAGGCGGGAUGAAUUUGGUCUAGAUCCGAAUCUUUCAGACACAGAGAGUAUUAUCUUGAAGAAACAGCAUGCUCGCUUAGGAAGAGCCCUUCAUUGUCUUUCACAUGAAUUGUAUUCUCAGGAUUCACAUUUUCUGCUUGAGCUUGUUCAAAAUGCGGACGAUAAUAUUUAUUUGGAAAAUGUGGAACCUACUCUAACGUUCAUUCUACAAGAGUCGGGAAUUAUUGUUUUAAAUAAUGAGAAAGGCUUUUCUGCUGAGAACAUCAGAGCCCUGUGUGAUGUUGGGAACUCGACAAAGAAAGGGUCUGGUGCUGGCUACAUAGGGCAGAAAGGCAUUGGGUUCAAAUCAGUAUUUCGGGUCACAGAUGCUCCUGAGAUUCAUUCUAAUGGAUUUCAUGUCAAGUUCGAUAUAGGAGACGGUCAGAUUGGUUUUGUUUUACCAACACUAAUACCGCCUUGCAAUAUUGACUAUUUAAGCAGGCUGGUGGCUAGAGACGAUGAUCAAUUUGAUAAUAAGUGUUGGAACACUUGCAUCAUUCUUCCUUUCCGGUCACAAUUAUCGGAAGGAAGUGCCAUGAACAACAUAGUGACAAUGUUUUCUGAUCUUCAUCCUUCUUUACUAUUAUUUCUUCAUCGCCUCAAGUGCAUCAAGUUUCGCAAUAGGCUCAAUGAUUCUCUUCUUGUCAUGAGAAAGGAAAUUUUUGGGAAUGGUAUCAUAAAGGUUUCAUGUGGGGAAGAUCAAAUGACUUGGUUUGUAGCAUCUCAGAGGUUGCAGGUCGAUGUCAUUCGUCGUGAUGUGCAAUCAACGGAAAUUGCUUUAGCAUUUACACUCCAGGAAACAGAUGAUGGAAGUUACAGUCCUUAUCUGGAGGUGCAACCUGUUUUUGCUUUUCUUCCUUUAAGGACGUACGGUCUGAAAUUUAUUCUCCAAGGUGAUUUCCUUCUUCCUUCAUCCAGAGAGGAAGUUGAUGGAGAUAGUCCUUGGAACCAGUGGUUGUUGUCUGAGUUUCCUGGUUUGUUUGUCAAUGCACAAAGAUCCUUUUGUGCACUCCCUUGUUUCAAGGAGAACUUAGGAAAAGCCAUGGCUGCUUAUUUGAGCUUUGUUCCGCUUGUUGGAGAGGUGCAUGGAUUUUUUUCUAGUCUUCCUCGAAUGAUCAUCUCUAAAUUACGGAUGUCAAACUGCUUGCUAUUGGAAGGAAAAGAUAAUCAGUGGGUUCCUCCAUGCAAGGGUUUAAGAGGUUGGAAUAAACAGGCCCUCGCUCUCUUACCUGAUGGCUUGCUUCAGGAGCACCUUGGCCUUGGAUUCCUGCACAAAGAUAUAAUUUUGUCUGAUUCACUGGCAAGGGCACUAGGCAUUGAGGAGUACGGACCCAAGGUUCUACUUCAGAUCCUAUCAUCUUUAUGUUGCAAGGAUAAUGGCCUCAGAUCAAUGGGUUUAAGUUGGUUAGCUUCUUGGCUAGAUGCAUUUUAUACAAUGACAUCACAUUCUUCUGAGCAAAGUUCAAUGCAUACUGGAUUUGAAAUGGAUCUCAUAAAUAACCUUCGCAAAAUAUCUUUUAUUCCUCUUUCGGAUGGUACAUACAGCUCCAUUAGUGAAGGUACCAUUUGGUUGCAUUCUGAUGCUUUAAACACUGGAUUUGAUGGUGAGAAUGGCCUUGAAGCUUUUCCAAAUUUAUAUGCUACACUUCGGAAUGUAAGUCCUGCUCUUCUCUCUGCACCUGCUAUUGAUGCCGCAGACAUAAGUAUGAAUUUUGCUCAAAAUAUUACAAGGAUGCUUUAUAGAAUUGGAGUCCAACAACUCUCUGCACAUGAAAUCAUUAAGCUGCACAUACUGCCUGCCGUAUCUGAUAAUAGAAUUGUAAAUAUGGACAAGAAUUUGAUGAUAGAUUACAUCUGCUUUAUUAUGAUCCACCUACAAUCUAGCUGUGCAAAUUGUCAUACAGAAAGGGAAUUCAUAAUAUCGGCAGUGCGAACUAAACCUAUUAUAUUGACAAAUCACGGGCUCAAACAACCAACCAAGACAUCAAUUCAUUUCAGUGAAGAAUUUGGAAAUCCUGUUGACGUAAAAAGAUUGAUUGGUGCCAUAGAUAUGGAAUGGCAUGAGGUUGAUAAUGCCUACUUGAAGCAUCCAGCUUUGAAAUCACUGUCAUCUGGACUCUUGAAAUGGAGGGGAUUUUUCCAGGAAAUUGGCAUCACAGAUUUUGUGCAGGUCGUGCAAGUUGAUAAGGGUAUUGCUGAUAUAUCUCAUUCUGUCUUAAACAAUUUAAUGUUGGACAGGGUCCUCAUCUCUCCUAUAUCAAUUGCCAAAGACUGGGAAUCCCUUGAAUUGGUUCGUCUGUUAUCCGUUUUGUCUGCCAGUGGUAGUCAGGACAAUUGUAAAUAUCUUUUGGAGGUUCUUGAUUCAAUGUGGGAUACUUGUUUUAGUGACAAAACAACAGGUUACUGUGAUUUCAAUUCUAGUUGUAAUAGAAGAUCCUUCAGUUCUUCAUUUAUAAGAAACCUUUGUGAUGUUCAGUGGGUGGUAUCAAGUAUGGAUAAUAAACUUCAUUAUCCCAAAGAUCUAUUCCAUGACUCUGAUGCAGUGCGCUUGAUCAUGGGUGAUUCUGCUCCUUAUGCUGUUCCAAAGGUAAGGAGUGGAAAGUUACCAAGUGAUAUUGGCUUUAAGACUAAAGUUACACUUGAUGAUAUCCUGGAUAUUCUGAAAGUAUGGAGAAGGUCUGGGACCCCUUUUAAUGCCAGCAUUGCACAAAUGUCCAGACUAUACACAUUUAUCUGGAAUGAAAUGGCUGCUUCAAAGCAGAAGGUUGUUGAGGUUUUCCAUUCAGGGUCUUGUAUAUUUGUUCCAUUUGCAUUGGGCUCUAGGCGUGAGGAUGUGGUAUGUGGUGCAUUACUGUCAUCUGAAGAGGUAUAUUGGCAUGAUUCAACAGGUGCUGCUGACCAAGUGAGGGAUAUUGACCUUAGUCGAGUUGUAGGUGUAGCUCAGUCCCCUUUUAGCAAGUCACUGUGCAAUACUUAUCCUGGACUUCAUGACUUUUUUGUUAAUGAGUGUGGGGUAAAUGAGAUCCCUCCUUUCCACAGCCACCUCCAAAUUUUAUUGCAGUUAGCUACCGUUGCAUUGCCUUCACAAGUUGCCCAUGUUGUUUUUCAAGUAUUUCUCAAGUGGACUGACGAACUGAAUUCUGGAUCACUAACUUCGGAAGAUAUUAGCCACUUGAAAGAAAGUCUUGUAAAAUUGGAAUCUACAGUGCUUCCAACUGUACAAGAUAAGUGGGUUUCUCUACACCCGUCUUUUGGUCUCGUGUGCUGGUGUGACGAUAAGAAAUUAAAAAAGAGAUUUAAGCAUGUGGACAAUAUUGACUUCCUGUAUUUUGGAAAACUUGGUGAUGAGCAAGAGAUGCUUCAAACUAAAGUAUCCAUCCUUCUACGAAGCUUAGGGAUACCAGUUCUAUCGGAAGUUGUAACACGUGAAGCAAUAUAUUAUGGUCUUGCAGACUCUAGCUUUAAAGUUUUAUUGGUGAGAUGGGCUCUUCCUUUUGCUCAAAGAUACAUCUACGGUGUACACCCUGAUAAAUAUUUAAAACUAAAGCAGUCAGGAUUCAGUAAUUUAAGUCAGCUACAGAUUAUUGUUGUUGAAAAGUUGUUCUAUAGGUAUGUAAUUAAAGCUUGUGGUGGUGCAUCGAAAAAGCGAUGCAAAUGUAGCUGUCUUCUUCAGGGUAAUGUUUUGUACGCAACCCAGGAAUCAGAUUCUCAUACCUUGUUUCUGGAACUCUCCCGAUUUUUGUUUGAUGGAACUCCUGAACUACAUUUAGCGAAUUUUCUUCAUAUGGUUGCGAUCAUGGCAGAAUCAGGGUCCACGGAGGAACAAACUGAGUUCUUCAUCUUGAAUAGCCAAAAGGUUCCACGGCUUCCUGAUGACGAAGCUGUAUGGUGCCUCGUCACUUCCUUGACAGAUAAUGAUGAACAACUCAAGAAACGUUUAUCUUCAACAGCAGUAAAGGAGCAAGUUUCCUCGAAACACAAGAGGAAAGGAGAAAUGACUACCAGUUGGCCACCUGCAGAUUGGAAAACCGCACCUGAUUUCAGUUAUGCUCGCGCAAAUGGUUUUAAGACAUGGGCUGCAGAACCACAGUGCAUUGACAGCUUGAAGAUUAGAGAAGGGGAUAAUUCCGUGGACAUUCUCCCGGAAAUACAUGACACAGUUCCGGUGGAUAUCGACACUGAUUGUGCGAUUUUAAGUGAUAUGGUUGCAACUUCAAGAUCUUUUGUUUUGCCAGAUUCUGAAAUGCUGGAGCACCAGAUUCUUUAUGCACCCGAUGACAUAGGUUCUAAGUCUGACAUUAUGGUCAAUCCUGUUGAGUCGGAUGUUUUGGAGAAUAGCUCUGUGUCAAAUUUAUCUAAAUUUAGACACAGAGAUCGGCUUCAUACGAGUACACCAGAUGCAACUCAAGCAAUUCUAACUGGGAGAUUGGGUGAGCGUGUUGCUUUUAAGUACUUCACUGGAAUUUUUGGCAAGGAGGUUGUAAAUUGGGUUAAUGAAGAGAGAGAAUCUGGGUUGCCAUAUGACAUUGUUAUUGAGAAGGACAAUAGACGAGAGUACAUUGAAGUUAAGGCAACCAAAUCUGGGAGGAAAGAUUGGUUCAUUAUAUCUACAAGAGAGUGGAAAUUUGCAUUUGAUGCAGGCGAAACCUUUAGUAUUUUGCAUGUCUGGUUACAAAACGAUGUUGCGAGGGUCACAACAUUCAAAAAUCCAGUGAAACUGUGCCAGCAAGGGAAACUACAAUUGGUUGUUAUGAUGCCAAAGGAGCAAAAUGAUUUCACCAGUCUCCAGAUUGGUAAGAGGAUUUAGUACCAUACGCAUUUAUACUUCUAUGGCUUUUUCUGCGGUGAUGCACUGUUGAAUGGUGAAUAAUCUUAUGUUAAUGAUUUGGCAUUGUUUAUUGGUACACAUAAAAGGAUUUGUCCUUUGGAAGGGGAUUUUUCUCUCACAAAUUUUGAUGAUGCAUAAUUCGGAUACGGGGGACUUCAGAUGUAUGAAGGUUUCACUCAGUUCAACACCAAAGCAAAAUUCUCUCAAUUGAUGAUAAAGGAUCUGUACAAUAGAAAUAUUGUAGAAAAGUCUGUACAGUUGAUAAUCUGGAGUAAGUUUUUGGAGUUGUGCAAAUUUGUACGAUAUUGACACAGCAACAACAUGGAAUAACGAAUAUUAAUGAUUUCUGGUC